CUCUCUCUCACUCUCACUCUCACUCUCACCCUCUCCUUCUUCCCCUCCCCCUCUCUCCCUCUCUCCCUCUCUCUUUUCCAGGCCGGAACUAGGACAAUCAGAAUGGCAGACGCCAAUGCCAUGGACACUCGGCCAGAGCCAAAAGAUCUCUCCCACCAUCUCAGUCGGGCGACCAAGGCUCGCACGGCCAGUUCCAUGAAGGCAUUCUACAAGUACUUCCAGAUCCCAGGCAUAGGUCAGCUUGCCGGAGGCUUACCCAACAACUACUAUUUUCCAUUCGAUACUCUCGAAGCCAAAGUUGCCCGACCCGAUCGAUUCUCCCCGACCCCCAACCUACCCAUCGACCCUCCGAGCGACGACGAAGUCCUGGCGAGCUUAUCGCUGCACGGCCAGAGAAAGCAACGCGCGCAGAACAACCCUCUCGAUCAGCCACAAGACGCUAUUGUUGUCCCCCACGAUUCGAAACAGCCAAAUCCCGUAAAGAAGAUCGAUUUGUCCACUGCAUUGCAGUAUGGCACAGCCCAAGGCUACCCUCCGCUCUACUACUUCCUUCGGGAGUUUACCCAGAAAAACCUGCAUCCAAACACCCCCUACAAAGGCGGCCCAGAGGUGCUACUCACGUGUGGAAAUACGGAUGGGUGGUCCAAGGUGCUGACGGCAUUCUCCAAUGAGUGGAGUGAAGAGAAGGACUGGAUCAGAGAUCGUGAGGGCUUGUUGGUCGAACAUUUUGCCUAUAUGAAUGCGGUGCAGAGUGCAUACCCUCGAGGUUUGACUGUUACGCCCGUAGCCAUUGACGAUGAAGGUUUGAUUGCAGAAGGUCCUGGUGGUAUGCGAGAUGUGUUGGAGAACUGGGACCACACUAAGGGAAGAAGACCUCAUCUCCUGUACACGGUGACUAUGGGCCAGAACCCAACAUCUGGGGUCCUGUCUCUUGCACGCCGCCGCGAGCUCUACGCAGUCGCCAAAAAGUAUGAUGUCCUGAUCGUAGAGGAUGAUCCAUACUGGUAUCUGCAAUUUCCGUCCGCCACAGCAAGAAACACCGUCACCACUUCUCACCCAUCAAACACCUCUUUCAACCCCGAGCAACCUAUGUUCGCGAAUGCAGAACCUCAUCCCGAGGGUUGGAAGUCCAGUGGCUACGCCUACCUCGACUCCCUGGUGCCCUCGUUCCUCAGCAUCGAUACGGACGGCCGCGUCAUUCGCCUAGACACAUUCAGUAAAACCGUCGCGCCUGGCUGUAGACUCGGCUGGAUUUCCGCUCAGCCCGCACUCAUUGAACGCUUGCUGCGCAUCACAGAAACGAGUACACAGCAGCCCUCAGGCUUCGUGCAGUCUGUUGUUGGAGAACUUAUCUUGGGACCUGAUCACGAAGGCAUUAAACAGAGCAUGAGAGAUGGUAAGGGUGGGCGAGGCGGUCUCCGAGAUGGUCAAGGCUGGAAAGCCGAUGGCUGGGUUCGCUGGCUGGAAGGCCUACGAGGGAACUAUGAACGCAGAAUGAACUCAAUGUGCAGGAUUCUCGACUCAUCGAAAUACCAAGUCAAAGCCGGCCGACGGCAGAGUCUCGUCCAGCACGAAGAAGACGAAGAUGAGGAUGAGUGGAGCGUUGUCGAAAAGACCCCGCUGUACUCGUUUGACUGGCCUGUAGGUGGAAUGUUCUUAUGGCUGCAGGUUCUCUUCGAAUCACAUCCGUUGUACAAGCAAUACAGCAAACGAGGCGAUGCAGAACGCCUGUCGAAAGCCUUGUGGGUCUUCUGGACGACGAGCCCCUAUAAAGUGUUGGUUGCGCCCGGGACCAUGUUCUCGCCUACGGCAGAAAUUGCUGCCAAGGAGGGCUGGAAGCGAUUCCGAUUGUGCUUUGCAGCGAUCAAUGAGGACGAGCUCAGCGGUGUCACCCAGCGUUUGGCGGACGGCGUCAACGCAUUCUGGAGAAUCAAAGACAUGAAGAAGAUUGAGGAUUUGCUGGAUGAGGAUGCCGACGAGGCGAGUAUCACGAGCAAAGAGGGAUUAGUGCAGAUGGGUAUGACGGCUUCGGGUUGCUAGAUUUUGAUGCACACACCUAGUUUUGAAUGGAGACGAUCCCGUGUCUGUGUCUGUGCCUGUGCCGAUAUGCCAGUAUACCGGUAUGAGGCAGCCAUGUAAAAGUCGGAGAUAUCUCAGCUCAACACGUUCGGAGUUCCCUACCUACCUGCUACGAGGUGUGUAAAGCUGGCUUGGCGAUUGAUGCGUAUUGGUAGGAGGUAAAAGCGAGGCCGAUCUCAACUCCGACGCUACCUACCUCCUACAUGUACCUUACCUUACCUCCUAGCUACAUGUAUUCUAGAUUUGCCACUUC